CGAAUGGGACGCUCGUGAGCUUGAAAAAUGGUUUCGAGAUCACGUUGUUUCGAAGGUGGCUAAGGUGCCUCAACAACCAAACUUUUGCGAUUGUGGUGCGUAUCUGGUGCACUUCGUCGAGAUAUUCCUGAGCGAUCCUGUGAACGCGGUUGAAUACAUGGCGCUCAGGAACCAGCCAAAGAGCGCCGACGAAUCUGUCUGGAAUAAGUUGGGGCUAGACAGAAAGCGCAUCACCAUGAAAGAAGAAAUCGAUAGACUGGCCGUGGAGUGGAAGGAGACAAGCGGGUCUCGUACCGAAAACUCAGCUCUGGACGACGAAACUCCUGUAGAAGUGCAUGAUUCCGUGGUCUUGCCGCCCGACAACGCUGGAGCUCGCGAGUCACUGCAAAUUUCCCGCUUGUCCUCGCCCGGCACUUCCGGUCAACAAAGUUCGGUGCGCGAAGAUGAGAACACGGUUGCCAAAUUAUUGUCUCCUCAUCUGUCUUCGUUGGUGGACCUUGAUUGUGUGAGCCUGGGCCCUAAUUCGUCAGAUAUCUCAAUGGACGGCGUUUCGAACGAAAUCGAACCCCCUUAUUCCCGCGCAAUGAGCGUGGAGAUUGGAGUACCGCCAUGUGAGCCUCACGUUCAACGUGCUCUCUCAAAAGCCCAGUUUUCCAAAUACGCUUCCCGAGAAGCUGAAGCUGACCUGAAGACCGAUAGUGAGGCAGGGGACACAGGAACCGACCCGCUUUGCUCCACCUCUUCGCUCCAGGUAGAACCACCACAAAGCCAGGUGCAAGAGGUGCAUGAGACCCCAGUGUACGUUCUAGAUUCCGAUGAGGAAGAAAAUGGACCGGAAUCCGUAACACGAGCCAUCACCACUUCCAAGGCAAAGUCGGCAAUCAUGUCCUCUGGAACGGAGGACACCGCCGCAUCGCUUCCUCCUUCACACCGUCCACGGUCAACUCUUACUGUCGAGAUUCCCGCUUCUCGCCGAGCAGGCAGGGGUAUCGUCUCGGAAGACGAGGACAAAGUGGGAGUACGUGAAUUGGAGAUUCAACAGAUUGGUGCGACUCGGAAGCAUAAACCUCUACGAUUUUCUCCUCCUGCCAGCACCUAGCCAAGCUCCGCCUCAUUUUUCUGUUCCUGAUAUUUUACAACUCAUUAUCUAGUUCUUUACAUCAUUGUACGACGACGUCAACUCCAAGAUUUAUUAGGUCAGAACGCAUUGUAAUAUGCACAUUGCUCGCGUUGUCCAUGUAUAUUAGAACACAUUAGUCUCCAUCUGUUUUAAUGGCAUGAAGAUACAAUAGUCCUGCUUCCUGCUUGAUCCGCUCUAGGUGAACUGGGAUUACUUGAACGAAUGUAAUGUGACUGCAUAGUUUGAUGCUACCGGAACGAUCUAUGACUCCGAUGAGUUGCGAGAUGACCACCAUUUGCCGACCUUCGCGGCACUGUAACGAAUGCUUUUGUUGAGACCUGUCGUGACUAAACCUUUAAGACUUUGGACUGUUGCCGGACCUCUAACAAUCUCCCUAAGUUCUGCAGAAACCAAUGUGAAUGGCAAAGUUGGAGCAA